AUGAGCGAGCCGCAUUCAUAUCCAGCUCCAUCAUUCCGUGGCCGGGGCCGUGGUCGUGGCCGCUCACAGGCCGUCCGCGCUCACGUUGCUCGUCUGGCCCAACAGCGGAAAGCUGCCAACGGCCGGCGUGGCCGCCAAAAGCUGUAUGACCACCCCAAGCCGCAGGCGGCGUCGGAGCGCCUCAAAGAGCUUAAGGCCGCCUUUUCGGCCGUGGCCAGCGCCUUACGCCCGGCCCUGGAGGAUCUGGGCGACCGCAGCCUCGGCCGGCUGAAGAGCAGCUCCAACGCCUUCCAGGAGGUGCACGAGUUUAAGGACGUCCAGCAGUUCCUUGAUGGCCGCCACCGUCAGGAACUGACCGCUUACAACAACCGGCUCGAGUUGAGCAACCGGCUGAACAACUACAUCUAUCUGGAAUCGCGUACCAUGACUAUGGCGAACUUUGUCCGAGACUGCAACGAUGCUACCGACCGCUUCCUGGAUGCACAGAUUCGGCGACUCGAUUUACUCGAGCAGCUGCAUGAUCUUGAUCUGCCCGUUAAUAUUGUGGAUGCCACGUGGAACUUCUCUGAAGUCAGCGACGAGCGUUUCCUUGAUGUCAAGGCCCACGUAGAGUACCGUACCGACCUGGGCACCCACCCGGUGUAUGGCAACAAGGUAGAGGUGCCGUGUGCGAAGGUGAUGACUGGAUGGAGGGUGAGGAUCACGAGUCCGUCGGACGCCGCCAGUGACGGCGCGUACAAGCCGUCACCGAAGCGCAGGGCGGACGACGAUGCUGAUGUCCAGCCACCGGCCAAAAGGCUUGCUGGAACAGCGGACGAGGGGACCUCGUCGCUGGCCCCGCGCCACAUUGGUGGUCUGCUGUCGGCCGUGCUGCCUCCGACGGAGGACGACGCAGAGGAAGAAGCAGAAGCAGAGGCCGACGCGGAAGCUUCCGGCACGCUAGAGGGUGACUCCAAGGUACCGUCACCUAGUCCAGUCUUGGCCGAGGGCGAAGAGGAGAUGAUGGAGGAGGACGAGGCUGAGGAUGUGCCGGCGGGCGACGAGGACGGAGUCGGCAUGGCUGCACGGCCGACGGAGGUCAAGAAGCUGCCGCCACUUCCGACUGGGGUGACGGAGCCAGACGCUUUUGGAGUGCGAUUGGUGAACAAGCGACGCACAGCCAACUUGGACGUGUACAACCGCAUUAUGGUGCCAUCGCUCUUCGACUUUGAGCCGCACGAGAUCGGCUUCCGGGACUCGGCCAACGACAAGUCGCGCGGUGCAACCAAGGCGAAGCGAGGCAAGUAUCUGGACACGCCCAAUUCCAACACGAUGCACUUUGACCGCUCGCUGUGGCAGUUUGACGCGACGACGUACGACGACGGGGACCUGGACGAGGAAAUGAUCAAGAAGCACAGUCUGCACCCCAGGUACGGCCUUUUCCUACGGUCGUCGACGAACGAGGAGGAGCCGCCGCGGGAGCGCAAGUCGGGCUCGCGGCCCAUUGUCUUUUACACGCCGGGAGGCCGGACGCUGAACGCGUCGCGGUCAAACAGGAUCGCCCGGCUGGAGGACGAGGCUGACGCGUCAGCGAAGAAGACGGUGCUGUUCGGAGCCUUUUCCAAAUUUCUCGAGCACGAGGGCGUUGGUGACAGCGAGGUGCAGCCGCCGGCCGAGGUGGUCGAAGCUUUCCGGCAGCAGGUGCUCAAGCGGUGGCUGGGCCCCUGCCGUCCGCGUGACGACACAGAGGAGGAGGGUAAGGAGAAAGAAGAGAAAUCGGCGACAGGAGCAGACGCGGGUGUCGAUGCAGACGCAGAGGAGUCGCACGAGGGACAGAGCGACGUGGAUGGCCAGCAGAAGCAGCAGCAACAGCAACAGCAACAGCAACAGGACGAAAGGGAUGCUGCAGCUGCGAGCGCGUUCCUGGGCACUCUGCUCGAGGCUGCAGUUGCAGUAGAGACGGACAGAGACAGUGUUCCGUCUCUAGCGACGGCUCUGCACUCUGCUUACCCGAUCUGUGGGCCGUCGACGCCACCGGUGCCGGCGCCCCGACGUUCCACGUCGUCGCGGCCCUUUGACCCGGUCCGGGAUGUGUUCAUGGACCGUUCGCCUGACGAGGACCGACGAAGAAACAGCAGCGACAACACGAUCUCCAUGUCGGCCGCCAACAGCCGCCUCAAUGCAGCGGACGUUUCUGGCUUGCUGUACUUUGCGAGCCUGGCCUCGGACCGGGAGUACAUGCCGUCGUACAGCUAUCCGCAGUCGAUGCGCCACGUACCACGAGCACCGCCGCUGAUGCAGCACCAGCCGCAAUGCCAGUACCCUUCAUACCAGCAGUCGACGCUGUCGGGAGAAUCAGCCACACCGGCCGAGUAUGCACCACGACGCCCGUCAAUAGAGCACUCGCCGUCCUACCACCAUCACCACCAACAGCAACCGCAACAGCAGCAACAUCACCAGCUCCCGCUUUCGCGCCGGAACUCGCACCACAAUCCAGAGAAUCCACCUCUGGACCCCCGCCUAUUCGGGGAGACUGGCGGUGCUCCAUUGCCACCUACCGACGCGUCGGUUCACAGCCUGGCUAUCAACGGCUACGGCUCUAACGGAUACCAUCACCAGCCAUCGCGCAGCUUUCUGCACACGGCGCUUAACCAGGCUAUCCCCGUAUCUCAUCAUCCGUAUGGGCCGGCGCCGCAGGCCAACAAUGCCUACGGUCCACCGCCACCGUCGACACAUCGCCACUCGCUCCCGUCGCCACACAUGCAGAGCUUGUCGGCAAUGGACAUGCCGUCGGCAUACUACUUGUCUCCACCCGCCCCGACAGCACAGCCUCAGCCGAUCCAACAACAGCAACAACAAUUGCAUCAGCCACAGCAGCAGCAGCAGCAAAGUCAACAGGCAAGCCAGCAUACCCUUCCAAUGCUGCGGCAGUACUCAAACGGCUAUGGGCCACCUCGCAUGCAGGUGGCACACUCGCACAAUAUGUCGCCCCAGAUGUACUCGGCACACAUGAACGGGGCGCAGCCACCACAUCAGCAGCAGCAGCAGCGACCUGGCCAGUCCCGCCACAGUGGCCGGCAUACACCCGUCGCAUCUCUGCCGGUGCCAGCGACACUGCCGUCGGCUGCAAGAGGAGGAACCCCGCCUCCGGGGGCGGGCGGCAGCGGCGAGCAGGGUGGUGGUGGCGGUGGCGGCAGCAGCAACAGCAACGGCAAGUACCGCAAGCUGGAGCCAGCGCCGGUCGCAACACGGCGCAGCGGAUGGGCGAGCAGUGGUGACGGUGUCGGUGGCGGUGGUGGCAGCAGCAGCAACGGCAGCAGCAGCAACAGCAGCAUCGGCGGAGUGAGCACGAUUGGGCCGUUGGGGAUCGCAGCGACACCGAUCAGCAUCGCGACGGCCAACCGGGAGCUGCGUACAGUUCCGUACGACUACGAGAAGAUCAAGGACUACGCGGCCGUGGAGCCGCCACCGAGCCACGGGCCAAAGGCGAUUCGGGGGUGGGCACACAACAAUGUGAAGCGCAGCCGGAACGGGACGAAGCAGGAGAUGGCAUCGGAAUGGGAGAAGGAGGAGAAGUAG